AAGCUUUGGAGAGUGUGCGUGCCAGCCAUAAUAAACACAGCAGCCAGACAGAGCCCUGCAAUCAAUGCACUUCUCACCGAGGCUUGUCACGUCCCUCCGGCUUGCUGCACCGCCUUUUCGGCGCCGAUGUUUCCUCAGAACAGCACCAAGCUCGCGCGCCAGCAGCAGCAGCACUAGCAGCAAUGCCGACGACGGGAUCGCCGGCGACGGAGGGAGGUGUGUGGUGUCGGCAGCGAUGCGUUUCCUUCAAGGCAAGAAGAGGCUAGUGGACUGCCUUAGCCCUGCGGACUACGCCCACAUGGACCCUGCCAUCGGAGCUUCUGUAGGAGGGCACCUCAGGCACACACUCGAUCACUUCUCGAAAUGCCUUCAGGCGGCGCAACAACAACCUGCCCCCGAUGAGGACGCCGUGCCCACAACAACUCCGGUGACCAUACGGUAUGAUCAUCGGGCGAGGGGAGGAAAUAUUGAGACCGACCCGGCCGCUGCAUCCAGGUCCAUCUCCUCGCUUUUGCAACAACUCCAAAGCUUGCCCACGGCCCGCUAUCUCCGUGCGAAGAGGGUUGCACCGAUGUUCAUGCUCGGGUUGGGGGGCGACGAUAACAACAGCACCAAGGAGUACGAGUUCGAGAGCAACCUCGAGCGUGAGCUCUUCUUCUGCUGCCACCACGGCACCCAUCAUGACGCAAUGAUACAGCUGAUACUGCGGGGGAUGGGGGAGAAAGGCGAGAAUGCGCUGAGUCAAGCCGGCGAAGCCUUCGGCGUUGCUCCAAGCACCAUCGAUUUUCUGAAGAAAAGGCAUCAAAAAUAA